UGACUAUGGUUCCAACUAUGAGUCAGAUAAUGAAACCAAUACUAUUGAGACUCCAGUACCCCAACCCCCUAAAGUAGAAGAACAAAUGUCUAAUACGACAUAUUCCACAGAGCAAUUGAGUCCCACAUAUUCUAGAAGGCAAGAAAGAUUCGAUGAUAAAUUUACUCAAAAAGAUUUGCUAAAUAAAAUUUGUAAAAUUGCAUCAUCUCCCACUGAAGAUAUAUCGAAAAAUAAAGGUUCAUUGGAAGAUGUACAUUUAUGGGACUAUCUAUUACCUAAUUAUGGGGCAAAGAAUGGGAUUAGUAUAUUAGAUGCAUAUAAGAGAGAGGAAUUAGCCAAUAAAUUGGUUAUUCAGAUAGUAUUAGUAAUAAAUGUAAAAGAGGUCUUACUUGCCAUGGUGUUCUUGAUGUGA